UGAGCAAAGAGCUAAUCUAUUCAAGUAAAAAUGGAUUUAUGGAAGACAAGUACAAUUAUAAUGGAACGGAUAUAAUAAAGACGUCAACUUUAUUCAAAGAAACUCCGCAAGCUGCGCUAUUCCACAAGCCCUAUCGUGAUACCUGCAGUCGUUGUGACAAUUUACAAAAUUUAAUAAGAUAUUCUACAAAUGAAGACGUGAUUAAAAAUGCCAAGGAAGACCUCGAGAAAAGCCCAGAAAGCAACAGAUGCCAUAAAAGCUGA